AAAGGCUUUCCCCCAGUGGCCAGCAGGGAAUUGCCCUGGGGAGCUCUGCGGUAACCAGUUGUGCUCCUUGGACUGGAGCCUGCUCUGCUGCCAGGGGGCGGGAUCCGGUCGCUCCCUCCGCCCCACAAAUCGCCGCCACCGCCUGGCUGCUCCCUAGUUCAGCAACUCAGACGCCGCCACAGCCCGGUGGACUGUAGAGGCGGCAGCGAGCUAGAGCCCGCGUCGCAGCUACGCGUCGCGGAGAGGCUGGGAGAGCCCUAGCAAGAGAGGACCUGGCCCAGGCAACGCCGGCAUCUCUGCGCGCGGCUGAUGUUGCUAUGAGGACAGAUUCAUCAAAAAUGACUGAUGUGGAGUCUGUGGUCACCAAUUUUGCAUCUUCAGCGAGGACAGGCCGCCGCAAUGCCUUACCAGACAUCCAGAGUUCAGCUGCCACUGGCGGAACCUCUGAUUUGCCCCUCAAACUGGAGGCCCUCUCCAUGAAAGAAGAUGAAAAAAAGAAAGAGGAAGAAACAACCAAAGACCAAUUGGAAAAUCCCCCAAAUGAAGAAAAUUGAAGGCUGAUAACUAAGAGUGCUGAAUUUAUGCACUUUGAAAGACUUAGUGACUAUGUUUUCCUGAGAUGUUUGAUCUGGUGGUAACUGUGGUGACAUGUGUCAUUAGAUAAUUUUGUUGUGGCGCUAUUCAUCUGGAUUGCAACCAUGAUGUCCAAUGUAGGUUAUUAAAUGGUAGGUUACUUACAAAUUGCACCCAAGGGGAAAGUUAAGAAAGUAUGAGCACUUAAAUACAUAUCAUUGUCUGUAAACCCAACAAAAUUCACUGUCCUCUCAUAGAUUUAUUUAGCCAGAUAUAUGUUAAAUUCCAUUUUUAUGGGGAUAGAGAAGAGGUUUAUUGACAAGUACAAACCAAACACUAUUAUUUUAAAACUUUGUAGACUUUGUAGGAAAUUAUAUUUUGGGGAUAAGAAGGAAUAAUAAUAAAAAAUCACAUAGAUGGAGUAUGUUUAUUUUUAAUCAAAAUUGUACCAGAUUUUUCCCCACCUUAAAAAAUUUUUGAAAAUAUUGUAAGUUUAACAAUAUAAGCAUUUCUAGGAUGUUUUUGUCUGAUAUUUUGCGUCUAUUCUGUGCACACUGUGAUUUUUGAUGUGAAUCCUUAGAAUGUAACAUUUGUGACAAAUUGUUUAUAUGGAACAUGCCUAUUAAAUGAAUUUCACUCUCUUCUUUAACUAUGAUAUAUGUACAUGUGUGUAUAUUUUAUUUUAAUGUGAAUUAUAUUAAAUCCUUUACUAGUCUCUUUACAAUGUCUUUUAUUAUUCUUAGGGCUUUUGUGUAUGUAUUAUGUCUAAAUUUCCUCAGGAAUGCAGAUCUUACUUUUGAUAUCUUUCCUAAAGUAGCUUAACAAAACAGUAAACACUUAAGUAUUUGAUCAAUAAUCUAAGUGGAGAUAGCAAAACACAUGCUUUUAACAUGUAUUUAAGCACAUAUUUUAAAAGGAUCAAAAACAAACCAAAGCAUUAGUAAGUUUUGAUUUAUUAAGUAUUUUAUGAAAAUAAUAGACUUCUGGUUUUUAAAAAUGUUGAUUUAAAUUAAUUUAUUUUCAUUUUCAGAUACAAGGCAUGCAAUUAUAAUUUGUGGACUUAAUCUGUAUAUGUUAAGAAAAUAAACUCUUUCACU